CUCGAUGCCCAUUCUUAUCCUAAAAUCAGACAAAGCCCAAAAAAUGUCCUCCCUUUAUAAAAACCACCGCUCGUAUCCCCAAAUGAACCUCACAGUUCCGUCUCAUCACCACCACCAAUCUCUCCCUCGCCGCCUACCAGCAGUCAUCAAUGAUGACAAAAGAUGCCCUAAACCCUAAAACGACAUUGAGAGAAGAGGGUUUCGGUUCUCCUUUCUCUUAAUUUCGUUUUGUUUUUGUUCCUUUUUUUUUUCUAUUUCUAUAUUUAUAUAAAUUAUAUAUACCUAUAAUCUUCAUCAUGAAGUUUUUUCUGGAAUUCAUGUCUUGUUGCGGUCCCACCGGUGGUGAAGUCAACCAGAAGGAUAUGCCGGAGCUGUACGGGCGGCGUUCGGAGGAGACGCGGGCGCUGGUGUCGUCACUGACGCUGCGGUCGUUGACGACAUCGAGAAGUAGAAGAAGGAAAAGAGGUACUACAUCUCCAUCGUCGGCGACUGUAGUGGCUGUGUGGAAGCCCACGCUAUGCUCGAUAUCAGAGGAUAACGUGGUGAUGGUGGUGGAGGAAGGAACGGAAAGGGUGGUGAAGAGGAAAAGUAGCGGUGGUGGUGGGUCCCGUAAUAUAGCUAGUGUUGCCAGCUUCAAUGAAGAUUACAGGCAUAACAAUCACUUCACAGCAAUUCCUACAUUCUCAGCCACUCCCUUCAUGUUUUAGCAUUUUAUAUUUGCCAAACAAAAUUAAUCAAAGCCUCGUUUGAUUUGUUGAAUAUAUAUAAUAAUAUAUAUGAUGUAAAUAUAUAUAUAUUCAGGCAAAAAAAAUGUCUUAUAUGGGUUGGUUUGUCUGUGUUAAGUGCAAUUUUUCACUCUGUAUUUCAUCCAAAAGGGAAUAAAAGGGAGUGAAAAUUUAUUGGAAAUUGAGAAUUUAUAAUGGAAUUUGCUCAUUUCCCUUCUCUAUC